AAACCAACAUGACCAAUUGCUUUCCUUCGAAAUAUGCUUGUAGUAAAUUGAAGAGCAACUCUUGGCAUUGUAAUCGUCCCAAGGGCAGGAAAUCGUCCCGUGGAGGAUGUCAAUAAGAACAUUAAAAUCUACUUCAACUUGGAUUUGGUGUCACUUCCUUAGCCGCAAAACUGCAAAGGCCUGUUUUGGUCAAAGUUGAAAAUAGCUCAAAAAUGUUAUUGUUGUCUCCAGCUGUCGGAGUAGUAGAGACGGUAGAGCUCAAACUCGUCCUUCUUGACGGCCAGAGCUGAAAGCCCAUCCCACUGUAAGUAAAAUCUCAUGCUUUAACCUUUUCUUCUUUUCACCAUUUGUUCAAUGAUAUUGAGCUUAAUUUCCAUUCUCAAUACACAACUUGCAAUUAUAGCUAGAGCUAGAAAGACCCAUUUCCUCUUGUGGAGGCUAAGGCCUGCAAUGCUGCAAAAGCUUUUCUGAUGUGUUUUAUAUGUUCGAAAGGGGCAGGAGUGUGCCUGUUACUUGUUAUGUGGCUCUGUCAUGGUGUCUUAGGUUGGGAGGGUAGAAUGUGGUGUUGUACCCGAUGUUGAUGUUGAGACUGUGGGGGUAUUGGAUUUAAGCGUUUUGUGAUGAUAUUGAGGUUUCAAAAGGGUAUGGACUUCGUUGGCAGGUUUUGCAAGAUGGAGUAGUCCCUGGAAUGCUGCUUUCGAUAAAUUGAUCUCUGGGGACUGUAAGGAGAAAGAAUAUACUAUAGUGUCCGAAUCAAAAACUGUGUCUCUCAUAAAGUUCUCAUUUCAAGAGGUAAUCAAUUGGUUGUGCAAGAUAGGGAAGGUGUUUGAGGGUUUCCGAAUUUCAAAUGAUCUUAAGCUUAGAGGCUAUGCUCCAGAUAUUGUCAUGUAUAUAACCAUGAUCCAUGGUAUUUGUAUGAUGGGUUGGCUUCGAGGAGCUAGGAAGCUAUGGUUUGAGAUGAUUGACAAGGGAUAUUAUCCAAAUGAGUACGCUAACAAAUUAACAAUAGCAUGAUUCAUGGGUUUGGAAAGAGUGGUGAUUUGAACAGGCCAGGAUCUUGAACAACCAUAUGUGUGAUAAAGGUUGUGAAGAAACCAUUCAGUUACAACAGAAUGAUGUAAGGGCUUUGUUUGCAUGGAAGAACUGAUGAGGGCAUAUAAAAUUGUCUGAACUUUGAAGAAAUGCCCAAGAAGUAUACUGUUUGUGAUGUGAUAACAUACGAUACUCUAAUCCAAGGUUUCUGCAACAAUGCUAAGAUAGCUGAGAGUAGGAACUUAUUUAGAGAGUUCCUGACUCACGGUUUACAGCCAUCAGCUUACUCUUAUGCCCCACUUAUUGAAAGCUUGGUCAGGUGGAAGAGUAGAAGAAGCAAAAUGUUGUGGAAUGAUAUGAAGAAAAUAGGUCGGGAAACAAGUUCUGGCAGCCAUGAUUGUAUCACUAUUGGACUGUGUGAUCAAGGUGAUGUUGCAGACGGAAUGAAAUGGUUCUUAGUUUCUUACUGAUGCUAAGCAAUAAGCUAAAAUCAGGGCAGAGAACCUUUUGGAGAUUGAUUCAUUGUCACUCACAAAGGGAUAGGUUGGAUGAUUCCUUACAUGUUUUGGACUUCAUGUUUUAGCAUAGGUUCUGUACUGGAGAAGGUAUUGUUAUUUUUUUGGUUAAUAAGCUUUACUCAAAGAAAUAACAUAUUGUUGUUGCAUGUCUAGGGGACAUCUUAGAAGGAAGUGAUGUUUCAACCUGUUAUGUGAUCCAUUCUUCCAUGCAACUUGUAAGGUUUUUUGCUUUUUCUUUAAUUCUAUGGCUAUUAAUCACUUUCCAGCAUUGCUUUCAGCCUUUCACCAUCGAGAGGGUAGUAGGAAUGGUCAGGCCCAUUGUUUGCUCCCAUGUGUCUGUAGUUGAAUCCCCUCUUGGUACUUACAUUGCUAUGUGCUAGAGUUUCCUGCCUCCUAAUGAUUGUAGUGUUAGGAGGUUUAGAGUAUUGGUUUCCAUGUUUUCAAUUUUGUCAUAUGUUUUGGUUGAAUCCUAUGAAAUUGAUGAGUAACCAAGUAAGAAUGCUUAUUCCUUUUCCGAGAAAGUCAUGAGUUUUUCUUUUGUCUGUUCUUCAAACUUGAUACUUAUUCUUACAUGUUAUGAUAUGAAAAAUUUCAAUUUUUUUUUCACUUUUGUCUUACUGUCUCCCACAUAAAAAAUGUCAGGAACAUUCUUUCUCAAUUGUAAAUUUUAUCAUAUACAUAUGAUUUAACUCACCCACACCCUCAUCUCAUGCUUCCCCAAUAUUUGUCAAGAACAUUCAGUGAAUUUUGACUUUCAGGUUAUAAUCCCCCAUCUUUAUUUUUGCUCAGGCACGAAAGUUAGGGUGUGCUUCUGUUUUGAACCAGGUUGUAACUGUUAUUUUGUGGGUCAUUUUCUUAGCUAUGUUUUAGGGUUUUGUUGAUUAGAUUGGCAAGUGGAUGUAUUCAGAACCUUGUUGUCUUGAAUGUUCAAAAUGUUGACGAGGAUGGACUUUUGCUUAUAAAUGGAAGUGACUUAGGUUGAUUUGAUUUGAUUUUUUUUAUUUUUUAUUAUUAUUAUUUUUUUUAUAAAUGAAAUGCUUUAAAGACUAUCGACUCUUAAUCUUUUAGUUGUAUAAUUAUAUUCUACAUAAGCUUCAAAAUUAAAUUGGGUGGCAAAAUAAAUCUUGUCGGAUGCUGAGGAGGUAAGAGAGUUAUCUUCACCAUUGGUGUUGUUCUAAAAGAGUCACUUUGGAAGAUUCCAAGGUCAUAAGAGUAGAAAGAAGUUGGAGUCUCUGGAGCUUUCUUUUGUCAAUCUUUCUGCAGAUUCGACUGAUGAUAAUUCGGUUUUAGCUUUCUUGCCUGCAAAUUUUACAUGAAAGGCAAAGAUUCCACCUAAGGCUGGUUGGUGGCACAUGGGAGGGUUAUUACUUGUGAUAUGCUUCAACAAAGGCCAAGUUCUUGUUUUUCUCCCUAUUGGUGAGUCAUAUGUAAAAUGAAGGGAGAGAGUAUGGAUGUGUUUUUGUGCAGUGUGAAAUUGCUUCUCAUUGAGAUUGUAUAUGGAGGCUGAUUUGAGUUCAGAGAUUCCAGCAGGGAGUCUUUCUUUGUUAAAUGCAAGGUAUCUUGGCUUUGGCAAAGGAAAGAUGGCUAGAGUUCUAUGGGGUUGCAGGGUAUUAGUGGUCUUUUGGGUGCUUAGAAAUAGAUUCUUUUUUUUUUUUUUUGGGAGAUUAUAGAGGUGUAAGAGUGGAGGAGCCUAGGGCGCUUUGUGGGCUCCCAUUUUGGCAGAAUUCUUGUACUAGGCAUACAGUCUUUUAUGUUUAAUGUUUACAGCUAAGUAAUUAUAUUUGGUGUAGAUUUCUGGUUCUUGAUGUUUGGGUCAGGUCUCCUUGAUGUGGAGCUCUUGUCUUCUUUUAUUGUAUCUCAUGAUCAAUAAAAUAUUUAAAAGCAAAAACAAUCUCAUCAGACUCACCUUUGUGCCUGGUCCCAGACUCAGAAAAGCAAGUGAGACUGUGAGAGUGUUGCUGGUAGGCGCAGGUGGUUUGAGUUUUGAGUUGCUCAAAUCGCUCUUUGGUUUUCUGGAAUUUGAAGUCAUGUGAUCGUAUCCAGAGAUGGAGCUAUUCCCGGUCUCACUUUGAAGAUUUACGGAAACCUCCCUAAAGGUUUGAGAGGGUCAAGGAUACAGAAAUCUAUCAUUGUUGGGAUCAUAAUCGUUCAUUACGUGUUCCUGCCUCUUAAAGGCAUAUUGAUCAUUAAAGGGGUGCUUAAAUUUUGCUUAGUGCACUCUGAUCCAUUGUAUUUGUUCUUCUGAGUCUGCACUCCCACCUGCAAUGAAUGAACCAUCACCCAGUUGUUCGGAGCAGGAGAGAAUGAGUGUUCAAUAAUCCUGCUGUGGACUAAAGUAUUUGCUUCAGUAUCACUCACUUUAUGAUCUGCCUUCUUGAUGUGGUUUGUGGCCGGGCAAGUGUGAAACAGCUACAAAUGUGCAAUUCAUAUAUAGGCAAUUGGUUUGUAUACUAGGCAAACUUUGAAUUCACCAAACUAUCUGUUCUAUAAAUCAGGUUCCAGGUUCAACCACAUAUAGUCUAGCGCUAUACUAUAUGAUGAGUUCUCUGGUUGAAGAUGCACCCUUACUGGAGAAUUUUAUUAAUGGGGAAACUUAUAUAUUCUCCCUUUUUAGAGAAUUUUAUAAAGUAUCUAGAUCCAAAUUUGAAACUUACAUCAUCUCUAUCUCCCUUUCUGUCUCUUAAUGAUCUUGAAUAUGAAAUACAUCUUAUCAGUGAAACAGAUUCACUGCCAUUCUGCCUCUCUCUUCUUCUUCUCCUUCCUUUUUUUUUUUUUUACCUGCCCUUUAACAUGACAUUUUUUUCCGUCAUAAACUUCCAUCCCUCAGUGUGAUAUGAUUUGGGUCAUGAGAAUUGAUGAUUAUGUCCCCAGGGUUGAUGGAUUGUUAAGCAGAGUGGGAAAGAAAGCAUGCCUCAUUUGGUCAAGCACUUGAAAUAAAUUACUUUUAUGGGAAGAACUACUUGGAGUUCCGUAAUAGAACAGUGGGAGUGGAUUGCUAUAUAGGAGUGCCUGCGAUACGAAAGCAAGCAUUCAAACCUGCAGCAAGAAAACAAUAUCGCGGCAUCAUUGGUCAAGAAACAUUGGCUGGAGCUGCUUCUUUAGAUACAUCCAGUCAGGUUUACCUAUUAAAAUUACGCGCACAACCCACAAAGCAGAGUCAGAAGCUGGCUUUGGGAGCAAAUCCAAAGAGAGCUUCUGUAGAUGAGAACAACAAGAGUGAGGCUGGAAAUGCAUGCGUCCAGCAUAAGAGGAGGGUAGUGCUUCAGGAUGUAACCAAUGCUUUCUGUAAACCUUCAUAUGGGGACUGCUUCAAUGCAACUGAAGUUCAGUUCUUAUUCCAAUGUCAAUGCUAAUGUGAAUGGAAAUGGGAAGGGAGUAAAUGGAAAUGGAGUGAAGAGAGAGAGCCAUCGUGAAGAGCUGCUGGGAUGAGGAAGAAAUUGAAGAAAACUUAAGCUGGAGCUUUGCUCUUAAUAAGUAUAGUUACUUUUAUAUACAUUUCCAGUAGAAUGAGUUACAUUAGUUUAGUAGUCUUGGCUUCUACACUAUCUUUUUUGCUUUUUUUUUUCUUUUUCUUCAUCUUUUUUUCUUUUUUCUUUUGGGGUUUCCUAUUUCAUUGUACAUAUAGCUGACUUAUGGCCCUAUUUUAAGAUCUGAGAUUCAAAGUUCCUUAGUUCACAGAUUGAAUGAAUUCUUCAAAAGUGACGCAUUCUUUUUUGACAACUAAUAUUGGUCAUGAAAAUUUAAUAUUGGAUUAGAAGUGCCGGAGCAAGCUAAUAAAUCCGCGGCAUCGCGCGGGCUAUCUCGCUAGUUUAUUUCGAGAAGGCCUAUGACCAUGUAGAUUAGGACAUCUUGCUGUCUCCUGCAUAAAAAAUGUCGAGAACAUUCUUAUGCCAUUGUAAAUUUUAUUCUUAUAUCCUAUAUGAUAUAACUCACCCACACCCUUGUUGCGUCCCCAAUAUUUUUCAAGAACAUUCAGUGAGUUGCAUUUUCAGGUUCUGAUCCUCCAGCUUUAUAGUAACCUUCAUUUAUGAUCCGUGUUGUAGCUCUGGUUUUGUGGUGCAGUUUCUUAGCUAUACUUUAGGAUUUUGUUUUAGGGUGGUAAAGCGUGGCUGUAAUUCAUAACUUUGUUGUCUUGAAUACUCAAAAGUUGAUUUCUGGGUUUUGAAUUUAGGAUACUUUGGUUACAUUUUACUUUAUAGGAAAUGCUUAUAGACUAUUGAGUAUUGACCAUAAUUCAUUUAGUUAUAUGAUUAUACUAGAAAGUAGAAACUAAUAUACUGACAUACUUUUCAUUCUUGACUUUCUAUCUAAGCGUUGGAAUUUAAAUUGGUUAGCAAAAUAAAGUGAUUUUUGUGGUCCCAUAGUGAAUCCUUCUUGCCCUUCCCUUAUCUUCGGGACAUUCUGAUAUAUUUAUUGAUUUUUGUUUUGGGCUUCUCGCUUAGCUUUUUUUGUAAAUUUGUUCUUGAAAAUUUUGCAUUGUGAGCUGUUCAAGGACCUGGCUCUGUCUGGUUUUGGGAACCAUAAGUAGAUAUGGACAACAUAGAGGUUUCUCAUCACCUUCAGGUUAUUUUCCUUGAAACUCUUUUGGUGCUGUGUUUUUAAAUUUGUCAUUGGUAGUGCUUCAUUAUUGAAGCAGACACUUAGGUGGAUUGUGAUGCUUAUUGCCCAGUUCAGUCUUUCACUGGCUAAAAAUUAUUGAUAACUAAUACCGUAGACCUUGGUUGUGACAUAAGUGUACUUAAUGUCCUAUCUCUCAAUGCUUUGGUUUUGCUAUCGUAGGCUGAAGUUUUAUGAACCCUGAAUUUUUCAUUGAUGUUUCUGUUGAAUUAUUACGAUUUAACGGAUACCCUGUUUGUGAAGCAUUCAUUGUAUACACUGUAUAUGAAUUUGUCAAUGAACUAUUGGUAUAGAUUGAAAGUGUCAGUUUGUAUCUUAUAUUUGCUAGAAAAGAAACUGUUGUGAGGGGACUACAUUAGGAUGAGGAAGAACCCUGCUUCAUUGGAAGGUGAUGUUAGUUGCUAAAACAUUACGAUUAAAUUAAACAUAAAACGACUCCACUGGUGUAGUGAUUUGCAAUACUUUUUAAUUACUUUUUUCACAAUUAAGUGAGAUUCUUUGACAUAUGAUUCUUAUGUAGCGUGACAGUAACCCAUUCUAAACUGAUAUGACUGAAAUUCCUAGGCUGGCACCUCCCCUGCAUUGUUAUUGCAAUUGUUAUAAUAUAUGAUCUUGAUAUAAAAUUGUCAACCCUAGAAAUGAAAGGGAUUAAACAGUGACUUGACUGCUUGUGCCUUAACAGCUUGCUGGCAUCGUCCUCCAUAAUAUAAUGAUCAUACAUCAACUUAAUGAAUUGAACAAUAUGGUCUGGUUGCUUAUAAUGCUUGUCCAUGUGAAUGCGCAGGAAAAUGAUCCUCAAUUAUGAAAUUGAAGUUUCUAGUUCUAUAAAAGGCAACAUUCUCAAGCCUACAUCUCUCACUUUAUAAAUUGAAAUUCUUACCUUGGUUAUAAGAGAGAAACAGUUGGUCUGUGUCACAGUUUAGAAAUUUAGUCUUUCUGUUGCAUAGAGGAGGAAAGAUGGCUUGUAGACCUUCUGCUUACUUUUGGUGUUGAGGGAAUACUUGCUAAAGUAACCUUGCAUUGGAACAAUUCAUUCUUGCCUGAUGCUUAACAGAAAAACUGAAGAAACUGGGUGAAUCCUGAUCCUGGAUUGGAAAGUGUUUCAUGAUGCUGCAAAGACACCUGAAGAUGGAAGUGAGGCAUUGGAAGACUGGGUGAUGCUGAUGAUGUCUCAGAUGGAUUCCAAUAUGAGGUUUUCAGAGACUAGUAGUUCAAAGCAGAUGAAGAAGAUGGUACUGCACUUUAAUAAAAAUAAGGGUGUGUUUAUGUAUGACUUUUGACUUCAAUUCAAUGUUAAGACGGAUCUUGGGAUUACUUAACUGAGCAAAGGCAGGGGUGGAAGGUCAGCAGGGAUUGCUUCAGCACUAACUUCAAUUAGAGUUGACAGGUUUUCCCAUACUUGGGGAUGUUUGGAAUGAUGAUACUAAAAAUUGGAACAAUUUGAAGAGUUGUUUGUUAAUACUCAGAUCUGUUCGGGUAAACAUGGUAAUUGUCAGUACCUGCAUUUCCAAUGUCACAUUGAUCACUGAAACAUUUCGAAGCCAUAUGUGUGAUUUGAAACUUAUUCAACUAAGAAUGUUGGUCCAUCUUGAUGGAUAGAACCUUCCCAAGUAGUAGUAGUUCUCUGAUAGAUUCAGAUCAAUUGGAAAUUGGAAGGUUGAUUGCUAAAACGUGUGCGGGCGUACCAUCAGUGGCAAAGGUAUGUGCCAUUAAACAUUUUCAUUUUGAAUCUGCAUGCUGUAUUUUGAAUUCUUACUUUUUUUUUUUUCCUUUUCUUUGUCAAUUGUCAUAUAUAUUUGCCUCACACAUCAAGGAUAUAAGAUGUCAAAAUUACUAGAGCAACUUGAACCUUUAGACAAUAAAGCAACAACCAUAACAUAUUGAAACAACUUGGAUAUUAAAUUUCAACAUAUUAUUCAUAGUUAGAGUCCAACUCUGGAUGGCAGAAGGAUUGCUUCACAAAAGUAAUCAAGAGAUGGAAGAUACAGGCUGGUGUUUUUUGAUAGUGUAUUAGAAUCCCUUCCGUAGAAUGUCUGAACGUGAGAGCUCGAGGUGGCAUACGCCUCAGCUUCGACAUGUUUCAGGGAUUCCUACUUCAACAUUUGAAAUCAUGCAAGAAACAACUGUUGGGACUAUUGUUGAAUGACAAUGUCCCUGCAGAUAACACAUUCCGAGGUUUAGAGCUUUGCAUGGCUUACAUUUAUAUGGGGCUGAUACUGAAGAGUUGUCAAUUUCUAUUGGCAAGUUGAUCGGUCAAAUUUUCAAGAUAAAAAUCACAGCUCUCCCAAUGUCUUUUGGCAAGCUCUAUAACCUGCAGACAUUGAGAAUGUACGUACAGUACUAAAAAUUUAAAGUUCAGUGCUAAGAUUAAUCAACUUGAAACAUCUUCAGUUUUGAUAAGGAAAUAUAGUGGCAGUUUCGGCAGCAACUGACUCAUCUCUAGAAUUGACUGAUUUGGCUUGCUUGAACCGAUUAAAAGGAGAUACAUAAUCUGGAAAAAUACACCUAAUUUAUAUGCUAUCAGUUCGAUUACCUGCACCUAAUUUAUUUAACCAUCAAGCCCAAGUAACCACUAGAUUUGGUUUAUGCAAAAUUGAAACCAUUUCGUACCUAAACCAUCAAGUUUGGUUUACUUGCAUCUUUUCAUAUAAAUGUCAUACGUGAAAUGUCAAUUGCAACCAUCUUACUUGGGGCCAUCCAUCUCCUAUGAAGGAGAGCUAAAAAUAAGGGAGGGCAAUGAUUUGGCACCCUGAAGGGUACUAUUUGGAUGGCAUUCUGGCAAGUAAGCUCUGUGUGUUUUUCAUCUCAAAAUUUUAGGACUUUGAUGUUUAAAUAUACUUGCUUCGGUUUUUAAUUUUAAUUUUAUUUAUUUUUACUACUAUUUACCAUAACAGUUAUACUUUGGAGUAAUUUAUAUCUUCUUCUUUUUUUUGAAUAAAAGUAAUUUAUAUCUUUGUCUUAGCUGGUAUAAAAACAUACACUGGCGGUUUACAUGAGCGGAGGGAGAUAAGGUUGAGAGAGUAAAUUGGACAUGUGGGAAACUAUGAAAGAGACAAGUGUAUAAAAUUUGUAUGGUGCAGAGAGAUUUUUUUUUUUUUUUUCUUAAAGUAAACUGAAUAAUUGAAUUUCAAUUAUUUUGUGCCUCUGGCCCUCGACGUUUUCUAUGAAUCUUCUGUUGACUUGAAAAAGAGGAAAGAAGAACAACACACUACUUGAUCGCUCUCGGCCUGUGUGAUUAGUAUUCACCAUUGAGAUUGAAGAGUCUCCCUCUACCCCGGGAAAGAUGUUUGUACUCUCUCUCCUUGAAUCCACUGCCGGAGAAGUAGUGAGUAACGUGGCUUCACUCGCUACUGAUCAAUUGAGACUCGAUAUCGUUUGGGGGUUCCGCAAAGAGAUAAACAAGCUCAAAGAAUCCUCAACUCUGAUUGGAAAUAUAAUACAUGAUGCUGCGCAUGAACCUGAAGAUCGGGAACUCCGAGCAAGGGCAGAGUGGAUGAAGAGGCUUAUAAGCUUAUUAUGCAGACGAUAUUCUGGAUGAAUUACAAUAUGAAGUUCAUUGUAUCGUUAUAAAGGAGACAAGCCUGGAUAAGAAGAUACUCGGCUUCUUCUGCAACAAUCCUGUUGUAUUUCGUCUUCAGAUGGCACGCAAGAUUUACAACAUCAACACAUCCUUGGAGGAUCUUAACAAGCAAGCACCCGGUGUGGGACUCGUCAGAUCAAAUAGAGGUGCAGCAACCAGUCACGGUAUGCAGGACAGGGAAACAACCUCAUUCUUUGAGAAAAAUGAAUUCACCUUCAAAGAUGCAAUUAUUGUUGGAAGGGAUGAGGUGGUGUCAAAUAUAAUUGCAACCUUGACCAACUCCAACAAUCAAGAAAAGAUUCUUUCGGUGAUGGCCAUUGUAGGAUUGGGAGGUCUAGGUAAAACAACUUUGGCUCGCUCAGUUACCAAGCAACUGAAAGAAGGUGAAAUGAAAAGUUACUUUGAUGCAACAUUAUGGGUGUAUGUAUCUAAUACUUUUGAUGUCAAUUCAAUUUUAUGUCGAAUGCUGGAAUCAUAUGACGAUGCGACUGGAGCAAAUCUUUCAAGUCGGGAAGCAUUGAUUGGAAGCCUCCAGCAGAAGUUGAAAGAGAAAAGGUAUUUUCUUGUACUUGAUGACGUUUGGAGUGAGGAUGCUAAUAAUUGGAAUGAUUUGAAGAGUUGUCUGUUGCAACUAAAUUCUGCCAAAGGAAGCAGUGUGAUUGUCACCACCCGUAGUGCCAAGGUUGCAUCAAUCAUGGAAACACUUCCUAGGUGCAAUCUAGGGACUCUAUCGGAUGAUGAAUGUUGGUCCAUAUUGAAGGAUAGAGCAUUUGCAGAUCCUAGUACUCCCAUAGCUUCAGAACUAGAGGAAAUUGGAAGGUUAAUUGCCAAAAAGUGUGUUGGUCUUCCAUUGGUGGCAAAGGUUUUGGGAAGCUUGAUGCGUUCUAAGAACAGUAGUAAGGAAUGGUUGUCAAUUCUGGAAAGUAAAAUAUGUCAGGUAUCAUCAGACAAAGAGGAUAGCAGGAUCAUGUCGGUUCUGAGGUUGAGUUUUGACAAUUUGGAAUCACCAUUGAAACAAUGUUUUGCAUAUUGCUCUAUGCUCGAGAGAGGUUCCUCAAUUGAAAGAGAUAACUUGAUCCAACUAUGGAUGGCUCAAGGUUUGCUCCAAAGCAAGCAAGGUAUUGAAAUGGAGGAUAUAGGCAAUAAGUAUUUUGAUACUCUACUGGAGAACUCCUUGUUUCAAGAUGCUACAAAGGAUGAGGAUGGCGUUAUCACUCAAUGCAAGAUGCAUGAUCUUUUGCAUGAUCGUGCAAUAGAAGUAUCCGUGUGUGAGAGUUGGACACCAGACUUCGAUAAUGAGAUGGAUGAUGAUGAGAUUCGACAUGUCGCACGGAUUCUUACUCAAAAACUAGAAAGUAUGCCAAAAACAAGUGUUUCAAGACUGCGCUCACUCUUUUCGAAUGUCCAGAUUUCUAAUACCAAGUUCCUAAAGUUUAGAGCUUUACGUGUCUUAAGUUUCUUUGGGUAUGAGAUUCAGGAGUUGCCAUAUUCACUUGGCAAGCUGAAGCACUUGAGGUAUCUAGAUCUUUCACAUACAAAAAUUGAAGCACUCCCAAAGUCUAUUGGCAAGCUCUAUAAUCUCCAAACAUUGAGAUUACCGUGGUAUCUUGAAAAGUGUCCAAAGGAGAUUCAAAAUCUGAUCAACUUGAGGCAUCUUUAUUUUGAUAAGAGAAUGGGAUUUGAAUCUGGGAUUCUGAGGCGAUUAACUAAACUCCGAACAUUAACUUGUUUUAACGUGGGUAAGGAGACAUGUCCUGCAAUUAAGGAGUUGGGUGGGUUGAACCAACUGAGAGGCCACUUAAUUAUUUCUAAGCUAGAACAUGUAAGGGAUGGAGAAGAAGCAAAGAAGGCUUUCUUAGUGGAGAAAAGUCACGUAAGUGGGUUAACUUUUCAAUGGUACCGAAGGCCAACUGAUAACAAUGAGAUGGAUGUACUAGAUGGCUUGGAACCUCAUGGUAACUUGCAAAACUUGAAGAUUGAAAAUUUCAUGGGUGCUAGAUUUCCUUCAUGGAUAACGAGUCUCCAAAAUUUGAAGAAGAUUCGGUUACAUAAUUGUGAAGGAGUCCCAACACUCGGCCGUCUACCUAAUCUAAGAUCUCUUGAGAUUUAUGGGAUGAGAAGGCUGAAAGUUGUGGGAGCUGAGUUUUAUGGUACUACUACUAGCACGACUUUAUUUCCUGCAUUGAAAACAUUAUACAUAUCUCGGUGCGAAGAGCUUAUUGAAUGGAUGGAAGCACCGAGGAUAUCAGCAGCAGAAGGAGAAGUCGUGGUAUUUCCUUGCCUCGAAGAGUUGAUGAUAGAUGGUUGUGACAGCCUAGAGUCGGUUCGGAUCUCACAGGGCAUCGCAUCUCUCCGUCAAUUGAAGAUCUGGAGUUGUCAUGGAUUAUCAAGCCUAGAGGUUGGGCUCGAUUACUGCACCUCUCUUCAAGAAUUGAACAUCUCCAAAUGCCGUAAUCUGAUGACAAUUCCAACCUCACAGGGCAUGCCGUCUCUCCGGAAAUUGACGAUUGAAAGGUGUGAGGAAUUGUCAAGCCUAGGAAGUGGGAUCAGCUUCUGCACCUCUCUUCAGGAAUUGGAGAUUGGGCAUUGUGAUAAUCUAACAUCAAUUCCAAUCACACAGGUUAUCACAUCUCUCCGGAGCUUGAAGACUUCUUAUUGUAAGAGAUUAUUAAGCCUACCGAGUGGGCUCCAAUUCUGCACCUCUCUUCAGGAUCUGCAAAUAACUAAUUGCUUUAGUCUAGUAUCCAUGUCAGUAUCAUAUGUGAAGUGCGACCACCCGGACUCAACGAAUCAACCGGAGGAAAUUUCUCAAGGUCUUGAUGCGUAUUUGUCUUUACCAGAGGAUUGCCGUAGUCUAGAAUCUAUUCCACCUAAUCUUCGUCACUUGUUGAUAUGUCAUUGUGGGAAAUUAAAAUAUGUACCCACAGGAGGAUUUCACCGCCUCAUUCGUUUGAUGAUAUGUCAUUGUGGGAAAUUAAAAUAUGUACCCACAGGAGGAUUUCACCGCCUCAUUCGUUUGAAGGAGCUGACAAUUGGUCCAUUCUGGCAUAAGCUGGAUGCCUUCCCUGAUUUUCAGCUUCCACCUAAUUCACAACUUGAAGAGUUAUGGUUGUUUGGGUGGCCUAAGCUCAAGUCUCUGCCCCAACAAAUUCAGCACUUCACUUGUUUAAAAGGACUCCAGAUAUCAUUUUUUAUGGGACUAAAGGCUCUUCCUGAGUGGUUGGGAAAUCUUACAUCUCUUGAGCUUCUCAAGAUCUCGUUCUGUAAGAAUCUCCAGCAUCUACCUACAAAAGAUGCUAUGAAAAACCUCAACAAAUUGAAGGAGCUCUCUGUUGUAGAAUGUCCCCUGCUCAAAGAAAGAUGCACCAAGGAGACUGGCCCAGCAUUUCUCUCACAUUCCAAAAAUUUCCAUCUGGGAUUGAAGAUACAGAAUGCCCGCCAUACUAAACUAGAAUGUCUGUUCACGUUACAAGGUUAAUCAAUUCCCAAUUGCCCGAAAUUUAUCCCUAAAGCAGGGUAAGCUUUUCAAACCACCAUCUUUUUCUUCUCUUCUCACAUUUCUUUUUUCACUUUAACCAGUAAUGUAUUAACAAUCCUACCUUUCCCUUUCGGCAUAAAUUAUAUAGUAGCAGGCUCUAUCAUACAUUCAUACUUGACAGGAACAUCAAAUGAUGCUGAAUAGGUGAUGAUCCAGUCCCAGUAGUUCAAUCACCUCUCCCAUGUUCUAUCAUAGUUAAUGGGAAGAUCAGAUGAUGUUGACUAGUUGAAGAUCCAGUCCCAGUAGUUCAAUUACCUUCUCCAUGUAUGGGUUAUUUGUUAUGUUUCCUUGAAGAGAAGGUGACCACGAUACUGGAGAAAAAUUCUUUAGUCCUUAAGGAAGACUUGCAGUGAAAUAAAAAUAUAUCUGGAGAAAUAUACUUUAAUCAUUUCAAACUAAUCAUAUCAUAUUAGAAAUCAUUUCAGUAUGUUAUCAUCUUAGUAUUUAACAUUUUUUCCUGGAAAUGCUGUUUUGGUUUGGAUACCCUGUUCCUUUCUUCAAGGAAGACUUGCAAUGAAAUAAAAAUAUAUCAAUGCCCUGUUUGAUUAAUAGUAAACUUUUCUCUCUACAAAUGUACAAUGAUUUGAUUUCUUUAGCUGCACCCACAGAUAUCUUAAAACAGUGGUGCAGUGACUUUGUUAAAGAAGUAUCCCAGCAUUCUUUUCUUCAUUUGUUUAUGACACUUAAUGAAUUUGGCAUUCAUCGAUGCAAGCCUACUAGGAUGAUUUCCUAUUUACUUUCCUACAAUUUAUAUUUAUAAGUUGUAUCGUCAGUGUAACCUUGUAUACUUUCUUUGUAUAAGGUGUUAAUCAGCAGCUGCUAUGAGAAUGAAAAGUACCCACCUAAAGUGGCAGCUAUGCAGACAAAAGAUGCACUGAGGACAGCCGACGUCCACAUUGAAGCUAUGAGAGACUUCUUUAAACAAGCACAGUGGGAUAUUUGUUGGGUUCAAGUUCGGAGGGAAACAUGUGCCUUGAGUCUUUGAAAUUUCAGUUGUGCAUGAUUGCUUCCACUGAUGUUCUAAGUUAAACCAGUUCCUAAAAUCAUAGCCGCUCUAUCCUGUUCAAAUGGAAGAACAGCUGAACUUGACAUGGUGCAAACUAAGUUCAGGUGGUUGCUGUUUGUUUGGAUCUGGCAAAGGCUGCUUUGCCCUAUAUUGAGAACAAACUCCAUCUGCAUCUUGGAUAAGCCAUUUAGUCAAGCAUGCAUGGUUUCUAGGAAACAAGCCUUCUAUUAUCUGUGAGCUGUAUGAAGAACCUCAUGUACGUCAGAUUUUGCAUUUUUGUGCUCUCUUGGUGUUUCCAUGAAAACUUAAUGAAUGGAGCAACAAACAAGUCCUGGAGGACCUGGACAAUUUGGUACUUUGGGCUUGUUUAUGAGUUACUCAUAUUGGUUGUAGAGCUGAUUCUGAGCGUCUCGGCACUUCUUAUACUUUUAAGUAUCAAGCCAUAUUUCUGAGAUUUGAGCAAUUAUCUUUGGCUAGGUAAAAAUGGCAUCAGUUGUGGUAGUCAAAAAGUUUCUUAUGUUCUUUGAGUGUUAGUCUCUUGGUUGAUAAUUUUCAUGGAGAGAACUGUGAGAUCAAGUGUUUGUGAGAUUUGGGUGUAUUUGGGGUUCACUGUUGAGAAGGGUGGUUAAAUAGUACGAGAUUACUUAACAAAGAACAUUUUAUUUUGACAUUAGUGGAUUAUUGCAGUGGACAAA